UUAGGUUUUCUUUUGCGUAGUGACUAGGCCACAGAAUAACGACACAAUAAUUGACAGAAGCAGAUUUUGGAGGACAUUUAAUGGUUUGGUUUCUGUAGCAAAAAGGGAAACAUGAUGUGUCCAGAGAUGUUAUCUUAUAUGAUGGAUUUUAUAGUUCAAAGGACUGACGUCUGAGCUAAUGGGAUGUCUGACAUAGAAGUACAUGACAUCAGAGCUACAUAUUGAUGGAAAUUUUGGUUAGUCAACUUCGUGAGACAUCGCUCAAUCCAGAAGAAUGACAGGGCACUCAGAGGAAGAAACAACAUCUCUGUCCAUGAAGGAGGGCAGAGAAAAACGUGUAUCAUUUCCCCCAGAUGAGGAGAUGGUGUCUGACUUUGUGGAGAGCAGGGUUAAACUUCAAGAGGCUGACAGUCUCAGUCUGACAGAUAUAAUUCUGGCCUACAAGCAGAGCUGUGAAAAGCACCAGGUGAAACCAAACACAAAGGCUCUUGAUCAAUUAAAGCAAAUUACUUGUGUUACCGACAGAGCCAGGUGUUUUGACCUGUCAGGUGAACGGUUAGAUUAUUGCUCCUGUGAAUCUCUUGAAGAGAUCCUGAAAUCAGUGCAAUUUGAUUUUAUCAGUCUGCAGGGGGCCGAGCUGGAGGAAAAUGGGCCGCUAUAUAAAUCUUCUGAAAGAGAUUCUCCUGAUCAAAACACAGGUGAAAAAGAAGCAGAAACUUAUGUAAAAUAA